AUGGAAGACCAAACGAACUACGGCAUCUCGAGUGCCGCUUCUCCAGGCAGCAACUCAAUUCUUUCGCAGCCACCUCUGCAGCCUGCUGCACCCGCGGCAGGUGAUGGCGCUGAAGAUGUCCAGAUGACCGAGGGCCCUGUUGCCGAACUCAACAUCAAGCAGGAUAGUGCAACUCCCGCACCGGGUGUCACAUCUGACAACCCUCUCGAUGCUCCGGAUGGCCCUGCGCCCGAGGCUACUCAGGACGAAGAAAUGGGCGGUUCUCGCGACGAAACGAAGGAUGCCCAGGUCGCAAAGGAUAGCGACGACAACGUUGCAAACGACGCAGACGGUCAAGAUUCCAAGACCAAGGAGACGCUUGAAUCUGCAGCCCGGGAGCACCUCAUCUCGCAAACGCAUGCAAUUGUCCUGCCGAGCUACAGCACCUGGUUUGAUAUGAACACCAUCAACGACAUUGAGCGCAAGGCUAUGUCCGAGUUCUUCAACAGUCGCAACCGCAGCAAGACUCCCGCCGUCUACAAGGAUUACCGCGACUUCAUGAUCAACACUUACAGACUGAACCCCGUGGAAUAUCUCACUGUCACGGCUUGCCGGCGCAACUUGGCUGGAGAUGUUUGCGCCAUCAUGCGCGUUCACUCAUUCCUUGAGCAAUGGGGCUUGAUCAACUAUCAGGUUGAUGCCGAGCAACGACCUUCGCACGUUGGCCCUCCCUUCACUGGCCACUUCAAGAUUAUCUGCGAUACGCCCCGCGGCCUCCAGCCAUGGCAACCCUCUGCUGAUGCCGUCGUUUCGGCAGGCAAGCCAAGUACCGAUACUGACAAGAAGGUUACGGCAACGCCCGGUGCCAAGAGCGAUCUCAACUUGGAAGUUAGCCGGAACAUAUACGAGGCAAGCGCCAAAGGAACGAAGCUCAACAAGACGGAGCCAAAGACCAAUGGCGAAACACCUGUGACUAACGGUAUAUCGGGUGUUGAGGAGGCUACCAAGACGCCCAUUGUCAAGGUUAACUGCCACACCUGCGGUAUCGACUGUACCAGGUUAUAUUACCACAGCUCACAGGCCGAUCCUAACUCCAAGACCAAGUACGAUGUCUGUCCCAGCUGCUACCUGGAGGGCCAUCUUCCCGGUAACCAGACCAGCGCCCAGUUUACCCGUAUGGAGAAUCCCACUUACACAACUGUCCUCGAUCGGGAUGCGCCUUGGAGCGAUGCAGAAAUACUGCGGUUGCUUGAGGGCAUCGAGAGGAUGGAUGAUGACUGGAACGAAAUCGCGGACCAUGUGGGUACUCGAACACGCGAAGAGUGCGUCUUGCAGUUCCUGUCCCUGGACAUUGAGGGCAAGUACGCAGACUCGGACCUUGCGGUGAAUGCGCCAACCGGGCUUGCCAUGCUCGGACAGCAGGGUGGUCACCUACCCUUUAGCCAAGCGGACAACCCUGUCAUGUCCGUGGUCGGCUUCCUUGCGGGUCUCGCAGACCCUGCCAGCACGGCGGCAGCCGCCAACAAGUCAGCCGAGGAGCUUAAGCGCAAGCUUCGCAGGCGACUCGAGGGUGGACACUCCGAGGAGCAGGCUGCAACCAACGGCAAGGGCAAGGACAAGGAUGGUGGUGACUCAAUGGACAUCGAUAUCCGACAAGACGUAACGACUACGACGACGACUACGACAAGAACGACAACUCUGGCGACAAUUCCAAUGGCUACGAUGGGUGCCCGUGCCGCCGGUCUCGUGUCACACGAGGAGCGUGAAAUGACACGACUGGUCUCUGCUGCUGCGAACCUCACGCUGCAGAAGCUGGAGCUAAAAUUGAAAUAUUUCAAUGAGAUGGAAGCCAUUUUGCAGGCAGAGCGAAGAGAGCUCGAGCGCGGCCGGCAACAGUUGUUCCUGGACCGUCUUGCAUUCAAGCGCCGUGUCCGAGAGGUGCAAGAUUCACUCAAGACGGCAGUCGAGACGGGCGGGGACCAAGGCCUGAAGCUGGCACAAGAUGCGAUGAUGGAUGGUGCCAACCUCACAUUCCAGGCGGCACCUGGGCCCGGCGCGGUGCCGCCACUGAGCAGCGAAGGACAGAUUAAGAGUUUUGAAGCUUGA